AUGAUGACACCAGCAAGAAUCAAGUCGUGGACAUUUCAAGCUUUUGUAGCAACUUUAGUGCUGAUAGGACCUAUCAUCUCAGCGCAGAAAGUGCCCAACUGUGCCAGUACACUCGGAUGUUUCUCGUUUCCCGCGAUCACUUCCUGUCCCAGUCCGGACGAGUUCUGGUCACCGACGGCCGUCCUCGGUGGCUGUUGUCCGGGCUGUGUUCGAGGUCUUGCCCUUGGGACACCGUGCGGCACUAGUACGACGACCGAAACAACCACCGAUGCAACUGAAACACCGGCCACCUGUGCACCCGGGCUAGUCUGUGGUGUUGGUAGUGUUUGCCGGCUGAAUACGGGCGACUGUUUAGCGACGCAUCACGUCCCCGAUAGCAUCCAGUGGGUUCCGCAGUGCGAUAGCCGGGGCCGGUACGCACCCAAACAAUGCCGGGGCGACCAAAUCAACGGCCGCUGCUUCUGCUAUUCCGCCGAGGGCAAACGCAUCUUUGGCUGGAGCUGGCGUAAUCGGGCGCAGCGCAUGACCUGCGCCUGCAGCCGACGACGCGCCGACCUGGAAGCGGAAGGAAGGUUUGACGUGACGCUGCACUGCACACCGGAUGGCAACUACGAGCAGCUGCAGUGCGACCAGGGUGUCUGUUGGUGUGCCGAUUCGGAAACUGGAACGCAAACCGCCGGAACUCGGGCCGUCCCGGAGGAGCUGUGGAGUUUGCUCCCGUGCUAUAACGAAACACUUCAUGGCGUACAGUAUCUGAGGCGUUGCGAAAGUGUUGCAUUCUCGCAGAUACUUCAGCGCAAACAAUUCAUCAUCCGCGGGCACAGGGACGUAACGUUCACCGAUACACUGUGCGAGUACGAUGGCAGCCAUGGUCGGUACAUCAUCGAGGGGCAAGAAGCUGCAUGCACGUGGCAUGACGGGACGAAGCUUAAUCCUUAUAAAACUUCGCUCCGAACACUGUCGGCGAUGAACUGUAAUUGCGCACGCGACGAAAAGCUUUUCAUGCUGGCGGGCCGGGAAAUGGCACUGGCCUGCGAGGGCAACGGGAACUAUGUGCCGCUACAGUCCCGCAACGGGGAGCUGUUCUGCGUCGACCCGGACGGGUACGUGGUGGCCGAGAACGUGUCGGAACAGACCAACUGUGAGCAGUACAUUUUCGGGGCAAGCCUGAUGUGAUCGAAUUAGGAAAAUAAACUGUAUAAGCUUAGUAUAA